AUGGCUGGCUCCAAACACGUUUCAGUGGACAUCGAACUCUCAGCUUGCAACAAAUGCGGUCCAAGUCCAAAUGACUUCGGCUGUGUACGACCAGGGAACUCGCUAGAGGGCUGGAUUCGUGUCUCAUCGCCAUCGGCACUACAUUUUACAAACAUCGAGGUUUCCCUUCAGGGUAUAUCAGCCUUCUCUACACAGUUCAAGGGCGUAAUGUCUGAUUGCGGUCGUAUUUUAGGGUUACAGUCUACACUCGUCCGCUCUGUUUGGGCUCUUGACACCAAUGAGUUAAUUUACUCACCCAACUACAAUGAUUUAGUCGUCAGAAAGUCUACCGAUCUGUUCCUCGACGUCAACUAUCAGGCGUUGCUCGAUUCGUUUCAAGUGCAUAGGAAAACGGAUGGAUCAACCGCGUAUAGUUUCCCCUUCUUUUUUAUUAUGCCCCGUGGAACUGAGGGUCCGAAUGACACGGAGCCGUUGCUGUGUCGAACCUUCCCUCCAUCUUUUAAGACCACGGCCCUGUAUUCGGACCCGCUCUCUAUAAUCUACAAACUCCGUGCCGUCGUUCAAUAUCGCAAGAAGCAUGAUGCAGUCGCAGCGGUACCAGAGAAUAUUGAGAAAACCGAGAAAACUCGACUCAUCGACUUCCUCCCGUUUUCCGACGUCCAACCACCAAAACAUCUUGCUAGCUUCGGCGAUGAGUUCGUCGUACAGGUGACCUCACCAAUAUGGAAACAUGCCCUCGGCGGCCGCCUCGGAUCUCUUACCACAUCGACUAGCGAACCACUUCCACUAGCCUACUCACCCUACCAAGAUCAGCCUUCUACUGAUUGCAAACUAUCCAUCACCGCUCACGCUCCAUCUGCAACUCAGCGUUUGCGAGCUAUUUUGUUGGAAGUGAAACCUGCGAUUCGGGUGAAGACCUUCUACUCUGCAGAGCCGAUGCCAUGUCUGCCGAAGCAGACAUUCCUCGCACAAAAUCCUUCGAUUCAACUCCAUGACGAGACCAUCAAACUCGGCUGUAAGGAAUACAAGCAACUGGACUGGACAUAUUAUCCUCGGCCUGAGACGGAUGAGCCACCACCAUAUGAAGAUGCUGUGAGGGAUGAUGCGCAAGAGAUCAGCUCCACUAGUUCGAACCUCAUGGGCAAUAGAGCUGACGUGUGGAAAGCAUCAGUUCAAAUUCCGAUCCAGCCAUCAGUCACACUACUACCAACAUUCUGUAGCAGCCUUAUCUCGAGAUCGUAUUCUUUGCUUCUGCACGUGAAAGUGGCCGGAUUACGUACUCGGAGGGCCAAUUUUGAGAUUCCUCUUCAAGUGGUAUACCUAAGGCCUUCUCAAGCUCAGACGAGUGCAACUCAUGAGGAGUCAAGUUUCUGCAUUGGUCCCGUUGGUCUACUUGCACGAGAUAAUGUAUGCUGCGCUUCAAACGGACCAGAACCUCACUAA